GCUGGCGCCGAGCGGGGCGCGGAGCUCGGAGAGCGCUGCCGGGCACGGAGCGGAGCGCCAGGAGCCGGUAGGAAGCCUCGGCGCCCGGCCCGGGGGCGAUCGGCCCGUAGCGCCCCCGGGUCUGUCCCCGGGGCGCCAUGGCCCCACCGAGGCCGGGCGCACCAGCGGGGCCCCGGGCGCGUCGGCUGGCGCGCAGCUGAGCGGGGUGCCGCUUCGAGAGGCCGGGGCCCCCCGGGGCUCAGUUAGGGGUCCGCGCCAUGGAGCCCCCGGCCGCCCCCUCGGAGAGGAGCCUGUCUCUGUCUCUGCCCGGGCCCCGGGAGGGCCAGGCCACCCUGAAGCCACCCCCCCAGCACCUGUGGCGGCAGCCGCGGACCCCCAUCCGGAUUCAGCAGCGUGGCUACUCGGACAGCGCGGAGCGCGCCGAGCCCGAGCGGCAGCCACACCGGCCCAUCGAGCGCGCCGACGCCGUGGACACCGGCGACCGGCCCGGCCUGCGCACGUCCCGCAUGUCCUGGCCCUCGUCCUUCCACGGCCCCGGCCCCGGCGGCGGCGGCGCGGGCGGAGGCGGCUGCAGGCGCCUCGAGGCCGAGAAUGGGCCAGCGCCGUCCCCCGGCCGCAGCCCCCUGGACUCGCAGGCGAGCCCCGGCCUCGUGCUGCACGCCGGGCCGGCCACUAGCCAGCGCCGCGAGUCCUUCCUGUACCGCUCGGACAGCGACUAUGACAUGUCGCCCAAGACCAUGUCCCGGAACUCGUCGGUCACCAGCGAGGCGCACGCUGAGGACCUCAUCGUGACACCGUUCGCCCAGGUGCUGGCCAGCCUCCGGAGCGUUCGCAACAACUUCUCACUUCUGACCAAUGUGCCCAUUCCCAGCAACAAGCGGUCCCCGCUGGGCGGCCCAACCCCUGUCUGCAAAGCCACGCUGUCAGAGGAGACGUGCCAGCAGUUGGCCCGGGAGACGCUGGAGGAGCUGGACUGGUGUCUGGAGCAGCUGGAGACCAUGCAGACCUACCGCUCUGUCAGCGAGAUGGCUUCGCACAAGUUCAAGAGAAUGCUCAACCGUGAACUCACACACCUGUCCGAGAUGAGCAGGUCAGGAAACCAGGUCUCUGAGUACAUCUCCACCACGUUCCUGGACAAGCAGAAUGAAGUGGAGAUCCCAUCGCCCACCAUGAAGGAUCGAGAAAAACAGCAGGCGCCACGGCAGAGACCCUCCCAGCAGCCCGCGCCCCCCGGGCCGCAGUUCCAGCCCAUGUCUCAGAUCACGGGGGUGAAGAGGCUGGCGCACAGCAGCAGCCUGAACGAUUCCAGCGUCCCCCGCUUCGGGGUGAAGACCGACCAAGAGGAGCUCCUGGCCCAAGAACUGGAGAACCUGAACAAGUGGGGCCUGAACAUCUUUUGCGUGUCGAAUUACGCCGGCGGCCGCUCGCUCAGCUGCAUCAUGUACACAAUAUUCCAGGAGCGGGACCUGCUCAAAAAGUUCCGCAUCCCGGUGGACACGAUGGUGACAUAUAUGCUGACCCUGGAAGACCACUACCACCCGAAUGUGGCCUACCACAACAGCCUGCAUGCCGCCGACGUGCUGCAGUCCACCCACGUGCUGCUGGCCACGCCUGCUCUGGACGCUGUAUUCACGGACCUGGAGAUUCUUGCCGCCCUGUUCGCAGCUGCCAUCCACGACGUGGACCACCCCGGGGUCUCCAACCAGUUCCUCAUCAACACCAAUUCGGAGCUGGCGCUCAUGUACAACGACGAGUCGGUGCUGGAGAACCACCACCUGGCCGUGGGCUUCAAGCUGCUGCAGGAGGACAACUGCGAUAUCUUCCAGAACCUCAGCAAGCGCCAGCGGCAGAGCCUGCGCAAGAUGGUCAUCGACAUGGUGCUGGCCACGGACAUGUCCAAGCACAUGACCCUCCUGGCUGACCUGAAGACCAUGGUGGAGACCAAGAAAGUGACCAGCUCGGGGGUCCUCCUGCUGGAUAACUACUCCGACCGCAUCCAGGUCCUGCGGAACAUGGUGCACUGCGCGGACCUCAGCAACCCCACCAAGCCGCUCGAGCUGUACCGCCAGUGGACGGACCGCAUCAUGGCCGAGUUCUUCCAGCAGGGCGACCGGGAACGCGAGCGGGGCAUGGAGAUCAGCCCCAUGUGCGACAAGCACACGGCCUCUGUGGAGAAGUCGCAGGUGGGUUUCAUCGACUAUAUUGUGCACCCGCUAUGGGAGACGUGGGCUGACCUGGUCCACCCGGACGCCCAGGAGAUCCUAGACACGCUGGAGGACAACCGGGACUGGUACUACAGCGCCAUCCGGCAGAGCCCGUCGCCACCGCCCGACGAGGAGGCCAGGGGGCCGGGCCACCCGCCCCCGCCUGAUAAGUUCCAAUUCGAGCUGACGCUGGAGGAGGACGAGGAGGAGGAGGCGGCGUGCCCUGCCUUGGGCGCCGGUGGAGCGGAGGAGUCGCCCGCGGCCCGGGAGGCAUCCCCAGCUGAGGGACUCUUGGAGGUCCCCGGCCAGGACGUGGACGUGUGCAUGGAGCGCGAGGUGCAGGAAGUGUGCUGGAGGCGGCGGGCAGACUCGGCGCACAGUGUGGCUGCGGGCCGCGAGGAGUCCUCGUCCCCGGAUGCGUCCGCCGAGGGUGUGGGCUGCAGCAGCCCCCGUGUGCCUGCCUUGAGGACCCUGCCCCCUCCAGAGGAGGCCCCGGGCCGCUCGGGCCUCCCCUCCACGGCGGCCGAGGUGGGGGCCCAAAAGGAUCAUCAGGCUGCCAAGGGGGCGCGCUGCGCCUGCCCAGGGACCCCCGGCGAGGACGCCCCCGCGCCCCCAGCUCCUGGCGGGAGGGGGCCAGCUGGAGGCCCUCCCUGAGCCCCCGCCCCCGCCCGCUGUGGCCCCUCUGCCUCCCUUCACCGCCGUCACCCCCCCACGACCCCUCCACUGCCUCAAAGACUCCUGGGCCUCCUGAGAAAAAAGAAAACAGAAAAGUGGGGGUUUUUCUCUUUUCUUUUUUUCCUCCCUCUCCCCCAACCCCCACCCACGGGGCCUCCUUUUGGAGGUGGGGGCUGGGGGACGAAGGCGCUGAGGUCCCGGAUGGGAUUUUAUUUUUGGAAUUUUAAUCGUGACAUUUUUAGAAAAAGAGAAAAAAAAAAGAAAAAAAAAAUCCAGGAUGAAACACAGCAACUGUAGAUGCCCCUGUGUCCGGCUCCCCCUCCGUCAUCUCCAGCCACCGCCCCCCACCCCGAGCUUCCAGGCGCCGUCUUCCGGCCUCAAGGGCCCUCCGCCUGGCCCGAGAAGCCCCCUCCAGCCUUCUCUUCUGGAUUUGGGAGGGUAUUAGAACUCAGCCAGGAAUAGCCAUUCUGGGCGGGGGCCCCGGCGGGUGAGGGGGUCACGGUGGGAGGCCCCAGCCCCCCUCUGGCUCGCUGCGCCCCCC